AGUCAAGCAACAGCAGCUGCUCUCUCUUGGUCAUCAAGGUGAAGGAGGAUGCAGACGAAGAGGGCAGCGGCAUUGGCCUCGGCCGCGUUGACGUCUGCGAAGGUCUCGCUGACGCAGCCCAAGGCGACGCCUCUUCCAUUUGCAUUUGGGGCGGGCCCAUCGUCGAGACCGUUUGAGGCGCAAGAAAACGAGGAGGACGAAGACGACCUGCUGAGCUCUAGAGACCAGCGGUUGAGCCCUGCGGCAAGAUUUGGGCAACAGGGCGGAAGCGCAAGGCCAAUGGCUGUGCCAGGUCGCUGGAAACGUGUCGUGCAGGGUCUUGUCGAUUCCACGGACAAUAAGAAAGCUCUGCGGCACCAGUACAUGCGCGAGCAAGUCGACGCCCACAGCUCAAAGAAGCGACCUUCAGCUCUUGUACAUCUGACAACAGUCUCUCCGUCCCGAUAUGCGACUCUGCGCAACGUGCUCGGUCAGGUGAAGACGAGGCUGGGAGAAGACUGGAUGCCAAGCCGUGUCAUCGAGCAUGGGUGUGGUGCAGGAGAGGGUCUUUGGGCGGCAGCCGACGUCUUUGGCAGAGAUCUGAGAGAAUACACGGGCAUCGAUGCAAGAAUACCGCUGCUACGAUCCGCUAUCGACAUUCUGGAGGACACGUCCGUCUCUGACGCGGACGUAGAUGGCGAGAACUCCAUCAUUGGAGCAAUAGAAAAGACGUUCAAGAGCUCGCUGCAAGGCGCAGACUUUCUCCAGAAAUCUAAGCAGUCUCAGAAGAAGGAGGAAAGAGGAAACGACGAGUCAGCAAGGGACACCCUAGUCCUCUGCACGCAUUCACUUUCGUCGCUCUCGUCCGACGCGGUGCGCUCGGCCUUCGUGCAGUCUCUGUGGUCCACACACCCUCGCGCAGAAGUGCUCGUCCUUGUCGAGCCCGGUGACGAGCGAGGCUUCGCUUCCAUCGCAAGCGCACGCGAGGAGCUCCUCGGCAUUGGACCCUCGUCUGAUCCCGCAAGGGCGCAAGGAGGGAUCCGGAUCGGCCGACAUGUGUUCUACGAAGAGAGCGGUAGCUCCGAAGAGGUCACUCCCGAAGAAGGCGGCUCCGAAAGCCAAGAACUCCAGCCUCUUGAUGGCUUUGUCCAGAGCCACGUAGUGGCACCCUGCCCGCAUGACCGACCCUGUCCACUUCUGCACGACUACCAUCUCCUCGACCCGACGCCUCAGCACCUUCAGACAAAGACUUCUUCGCUGUCGCCCCUGUUCCAUGGCGCGGCGUUGGGCUUGGGGACAUGCACUUUUCCCCAGCGGGCUCACCUACCAUCCUUUUCAAGAAAGACGCGAGGAGGGCCACGGAACGAAAUGACAAGCCGGCAUAGCUUCGUGGUGGUGAGGCGUGGGCCAAGGCCGUCGAUCGAGAGUACGGCACAAACCCACGAGAUCCCCGAGGAGCUGUUGAGAGACGAGGCGGUGCGCGCGAGGGAAGGCCGCGUUGAGGAGCUUAGAGGUCCUUCAACCACGCUCCUUCCGACGCCCGAGGCUGAAGUCGAGCCAGCGGGAGCUUCACUGAAUGCAAUCGAGGAUGAUGAGGAGGCCAGAGCAGAGCUCUUUAAGCUCCUGCCUCAGGCUCUUGCGAGAGAGCUCGAACGUGCGGGCGGCGAAGGUUCGGCAGCGGAAAUGGACGAGGCAAUGCGUAUGGCGCAGGAAGUGAUGCAGGGAAGCGCCGAUCUGGCCGAGGCCCCACAUGAGGAUUCUGCUGCCGACGAAGGGGAAGCUCAACAGGGAGACGAAGAAGUUGCGCUCACUUCGGCGCUCCUCUCUCAGGCUCGUCAGCUCCACCAAGCACCCUCUGCAGAGAUGCUCGCCGUGCCUGCCGGGACGAACUACGCUCUGCAAGGCCUGGCCACUUCGUUGGACUCCUACAGCUGGCCUCGCCUCAUCCGCACGCCGCUCAAAAAGGGCGGACACGUCACGCUCGACGCCUGCAGCCCCAACGGCUCCAUCCAGCGCUUCACCAUCUCCAAGUCGACUGGCAAGCAGGCCUACCACGAGGCACGCAAAGCGAGCUGGGGCGACAUCUUCCCGCGUGCCGACGAGGGUAAAGGUCUGCGAGAGCGCGUCGCGGCGGCAGAUGUCGAGAAGCGGAACGUGAGCUUGAAGAAGGGCCCCGGGGGGAAGAAGCGGGAUGGGCAGGCAGUGAGCGGAUCGAGCGCGGCGGCGAUUGGACCCGACGCCGUCGCUCCGACGCACGCUGCCAUUGAGAAGCGGCCUACUUAUUCGAAUGUUAGUCCUGCUGCUGCGCCGUCAGCAACGGGUCGGAGGCAGCACUACAAGGAAAGCCCCAUGAUGAGAAGGGACAGUCGCAAGAGGAGCAUGGGAUCCUACGAGCGGGAGAUAAACGAGGCAAUGAGCGAGGAUGAGUCGUCUCCUCCAGACGACAAGACUGUAUCAUAGACGAGAGGCUUUGCACACAAGGG